AUGAAUUCCCAUUUACACCACCAGUCACAAAGCCAAGGCAACCGACCUCUCAAACCCAGAAAGAAAAGGCUUGCUAGAGACCAGCUUAACCUCCUGGAAACAAGUUUCAAUGCUAACCAGAAGCUCAAAGCAGAGCACAAGACUGAGCUUGCCCGGCAACUAGGCGUGCCACCAAAACAAGUUGCAAUAUGGUAUCAAAAUAGAAGAGCCAGGCACAAAAAUGAUGCCAUAGAGCAUGACUACAUGAACAUCCAGCUAGAGCUAGGUAAUGUAUUGGCAGAAAACAUCAGGCUCGAGAAACAAGUUAGCAUGCUUAAAUUUGAGCUGAACAAGGUUCAACAAAUGAUACUUUUUGGACCAACCUCAUCUGCUGCAACUCACCCUUCAGUGUCAGGAUCUAGUGAUGAGCAGGCAAACUCAAGUUCUCCUGGAAACAUGAUCUGUAAUUGGGGAGACGCUGGAAAUGAUGACAUAUUUCCUGUAGAAGAGCUAUAUACUUGUUUGAUAGGCUCUGACACUCAGUUAUGGCCUCUUAACUGAACCAGCGAAUCCUCAAUCAUGAAACAAGUGAUGAUAGCAGAAUGUAGAACUUCUGAAGUUUUUCCAACAACAUUAGGUUGUUUGUAUUUUAUGGUCAAGUCAAGAAAUUUUAUUCAAUGUUCAAUCUUAAAGCAAGUAGAAUAUCAGUAAGAAAAUAUAAAAUUUGAUAUUGUUCCACUAGCA